UAGUUUAUAUUUCACAACACACUUCCCCCUUUCUCUGCCUCUCUAGAUAUUCCGCCGUAAACAUCACUCCACCGCCACAACCACCGCCAUCACAGCCACAGUCUCUGUAUCAUCUCAUCUCUAGUAGUAGCGAUGGCAAGCAAGGAUGUAGAACACAGCAAGGUAGAAGAAGAGGAAGAAACAGUUGAAGGAACCAACGCUGGUGGUGAAGAAGAAGAUACUGGUGCUCAGAUCGCUCCUAUCAUUAAACUUGAAGAAGUUGCUGUAACUACUGGUGAAGAAGAAGAAGAUGUUCUUCUCGAUCUAAAGGCGAAACUGUACCGAUUCGAUAAAGAUGGAAAUCAAUGGAAGGAAAGAGGAGUUGGAACUGUGAAGCUUCUUAAACAUAAACAGACUUCAAAAGUUCGUUUGGUUAUGAGACAAUCUAAGACACUGAAGAUCUGUGCUAAUCAUCUAGUGUUACCAACAAUUUCGAUGCAAGAGCAUGCCGGGAAUGAGAAAUCAUGUGUAUGGCACGCAGCUGAUUUCUCUGAUGGUGAAUUGAAAGAAGAGUUGUUCUGUAUCCGAUUUGCAUCCAUUGAGAAUGCUAAAGCUUUCAAGGAGAUGGUUGAAGAGGUUGCCGAGUCCCAGGUGAAGAAAUCUGAAGAGAGCAAAGAAGGUGCUGCAUCGUUAGCAGAUGAUCUUACUGAGAAGUUGUCUGUUGGUGAGAAGAAAGAAGAUGUACCUACACCUGAAAAGAAGAAGGAUGAGCCUGAAGCAGAAGCAUCAUCUGCUGAGAAGGAGAAGAAGGAUGAAUAGGUGGAGCUAGGGUUCUGAUUCUUAUUUUUUGGUCCACACAUCUUAUAUAAAUGUUCCCAUCAAGUGUCAAAACCCGGACAACAUAUAUAAACUAGAUCAAGUGGGUAGUUUGAGUUAUUAUGGGAGGACUUGGCUUAGUGUCAGUUGGUCCGUAAGUUGGUCAGUCUCGGUUGGUCCUUGCAUUGCGUUGAUGGAUUUUCUUUUUAAUUUAUUAUACCAUCUCAUGUGGUGUUCAGAUUUUAUUUGAUUUUGGUUUGCUUCUUUUCAUAGCAAAAGGUCUUGGGUUUCUCAUUGUGUCAAGUGUUGUUUGGGGGAAACAAAUAUAUUUAUGUGUCUUUUUGGUGAGUGAAACUUCAUGUUUGUUGACUUAUAUUCUCCCCCAGAGAGUCGGUAUUUGUAAGCAUUUAUCUGCAGACUAUAAAGUACAAGUAGAUGUUAAUAAUUUGGAGGCUUGCAUCCAAGUUGCAAGAUUC